AUUCAGACGCGCGCGUGUGCCCGUUGCAGCCGGCGCCAUGGCCAGCCUCAUGCACCUGGUCGUCGACAACUACAACGAGCUCCUCGAGAACACCAAAGACCCUCAAGUAGACUCAUGGCUGUUCAUGAGCUCCCCGAUACCCGUGCUGGGUAUAUUAGCCUUCUACCUCUACUUCGUGCUCAAGCUAGGUCCUGCAAUAAUGAAGGAUCGCAAACCAUUGAACCUGCAGGGUGUGUUAGUGGCGUAUAACGCCUACCAAGUGAUCUUCAGCGCGUGGCUCUGCACUAUGCCAUUUCGAGCGGGCGCGGUGCAGUUCCUCUUUACGCACGGCUGCCAACCUCCGAAACAGCGCAACCCGUUCGCGGACGAGGUCUCCGCGGGCGCCUGGUGGUAUUUCUUCUCCAAGAUCAUCGAACUCCUCGACACGGUGUUCUUUGUAUUGAGAAAGAAGCAGAACCAAGUGACAUUCCUUCAUGUAUAUCAUCACACAAUUACGGCGCUCUUCUCCUGGGGCUACCUCAAGUUCUUGCCAGAUCCAGUUCUGCCUUAUGCUGACAUAUUUGGUGGUGUUGUUGGUGAUGGACUGCCGGUUCCCGAAAGCACUUACCUUCUUCUUUGUGGGCAAUGUGAUGAUCUUCCUGUAUCUGUUCUCCGACUUCUACAGAAAAGCAUACAAGAAGAAAAUCAUGUGAUAUUAUGGCUAUGAAUUUCACAGUGUCUUCAUACCUCCUGUAUCCCCCUUGUUUGCAAGUUGUGAUGAUUGUGUUCCCACCAUUCUCCUUUGUUUCCAUAUCCUUCCUUUUCUUCCCUUGCAGUGCAACACUGUAAUGUACUAUAUGUCAAACUAUGUACUGUAUUUUUAUAAGUAUAAUAAGUUAUAUGUAUUACAAAACCGUCUAGAUAUAUAUAAACC